AUGGGGUCUUUUGCCAUAUCUAUUGUUCUGCUUCUUUCUCUUUUCACUCAGAUGCAUAGAAGCAAUGCAAAGAGUGAGUGUGAUUUGUUUCAUGGUAGUUGGGUUAUUGAUGAUUCAUACCCUCUUUAUGAAAGCUCAGUAUGUCCCUUUAUUGAGAAGGAAUUUGAUUGUCAAAAGAAUGGUCGUCCUGAUAAACUCUAUCUCAAAUUUAGAUGGCAACCCAUUGGGUGCAACUUGCCAAGAUUCAAUGGUGAAGAUUUCUUAAGAAGACUUAGAGGAAAGAGUGUCUUGUUUGUGGGGGACUCCUUGAGUUUGAAUCAAUGGCAAUCACUCACUUGCAUGCUUCACACAGCUGUGCCAAAUGCCAAAUACACCUCAGUGAGGAUUGGAGAUCUCUCCACCUUCACCUUCCCGAGCUAUGAUGUUAAGUUGAUGUUUUCUCGUAAUGCAUUUUUGGUGGAUACUGUAAGUGAAAGUAUUGGUCGAGUCCUGAAAUUAGAUUCACUUGAAGCCGGAAAAUUGUGGAAAGGAACCGACAUAUUGAUAUUCGACACUUGGCAUUGGUGGCUUCAUACAGGAAGAAAACAACCAUGGGAUUUCAUUCAAGAAGGAAAUCAUACAUUCGAGGACAUGAAUCGUUUGGUUGCUUUCGAGAGAGGCUUAAAAACAUGGGCCAAAUGGGUUGAAGACAAUGUUCUCCCUAACAAAACAAGGGUAUUCUUCCAAGGUGUCUCUCCAGAUCAUCUAAAUGCAGCGAAAUGGGGGCAACCAGGGGCGAGAUUUUGUGAGGGGCAAAUGUUGCCAGUGUUUGGAUUGAAGUAUCCAGGAGGAGCACACCCAGCAGAGUUGAUGUUAGAGAGAGUAUUAGGAGCCAUGUCAAAGCCUGUGUAUUUGCUCAAUAUUACUACAUUGUCACAGUUGAGGAAAGAGGGUCACCCUUCUGUUUAUGGACAUGGUGGGCAUAGGGACAUGGAUUGCAGCCACUGGUGUCUACCUGGUGUUCCUGACACUUGGAACAUGCUUUUGUAUGCAGCUCUCAUUCAAAAUUAA